AACGCGCAAUACGCAAGUGUUUACGGAAAAAUUGAACUUGAAUUAUGUAUGUAUCGGGGCGGCAGCGCGUGCGUUGCGUCGUCGAUUCGAUGCUGCGAGAGAUAGUGAGCGAUUGCGAAUUCGCAAGCGGAUGGUCGACCGGGACGAUAUACGACUCUCUCGCGCGCGAUCGAGACGUAUAACGAGGACCUAAAUUUAAACGAGUCUCACAAACUUCUUGCGAGCGAAGAAGCGCAGUCGCAUGCAUACGUUCGAGCGUAGCCCGAGUUUUUCCGUCGAAAAUUCAAAUCGAGAAAAGCUCUUUGCUUUGUGUAUUCCCGCUUGAGAAAUAAAUUACGAACGAGACGAGUUUCCACAAAGAGCUAGUGGUGUACAAACGGAGCUUAAAAUAUAUAUCGAAGCUUGAUGAUCAAACCGGUUAAAAACAUUCUGGAAAAAAUAAAAAGUACAUAAAAAACGAUUUUACGUCUGGCGUUGGAAAGCGUUUGGAACACUGUCGCGUCUCACAUCCAACAUCUUUCGCAAUAACGAAGAAAUAGAGAGAACAGGCAAAUUGUGUAAAUCAAGGAUCGGAGGGAGGCGUCGUAUCGUAGCGACGACACUGGCAGCGAACCGAAGCGCCGCGGUUCUCGUGCCAGUUUUAUGUGUCGGGGACAGUUGGAGGCCGUAUUGCGUACGCAUCAAGUUGGAGAUUGGGUUUACAACGUUGAGGGUGGACCGAUGACCAGCGCUCAUCACAAAAGAGAAAAAAGUUGAACGUGGUGACAAGUGCACGAGCGAGCGGAGAGCGCUGUCGCGACAUGCCGCGAGCGUCUUUGCAGCGAUUUGAUUCGGCGAGUAGCAGCACCAAGAAACGCAACGGAGAAGAAGGAAGGAAAACGACGUGCAACGACGACGUGGUGAGAAGCGAGACAAAGAGCGUAUAAGGUAGCGCGUACACGGGCUACCAAGGUGUUCCGAAGCACGGCAGCGGUGGCCCAGGAUGCUGCCCGACGCAGCGAGAAGAUGGCCGUGAUAGGCGAGCGCAGGUAUCACUCAGCAGCGGUCUGUCGAAACGCGUGCACGGAGUUGUUUUCGUGUCGUAGGAUCGACGAUCAGAUCGAGCAAACGAUCACGUCACCCGCGGUAUCCUCGUCCACGGCGUUAACGCACCGCCAUCGGCACAGAAAAAAAGACAGUCACUUGCCGCCACUGUUGCGGCGGUACGCGAUGACGUCCUCACGCCCGGAAAGCGGCCUAGAGUCCGGUGAAGUUAGCGAAACCGAGGAUUGUUGCGUAGCGGAGACGGAUCCGCUCUGCAGCGAGCUGUGCAACAUACAGAGCGUGAUACAUGUCACGCGGCAGAACAUCAACGCUCUUAACAGUCGCUUCGCCAGCAUGCAGAAUCCACCCUCGAUUUAUGUCAAGGAAUAUAACGAACUGACGAGUAAGUUGCACGAGCUCGAAUUCAGAAAGCAAAAACUAAACGAACUGCUGAACGCUGAAAAAAUCAGCUGUGGUGUUUUCGUAUCAGAGACUGAAAAUUUAACGCGAGAGAGUUACAUCGGUGCGGAACUGACGUUUGAAAAUGUGUGCGCGAUAGAGAGCGUGAAUGAGGCGCAAAUAUCGGGAGACAUCGUCGACGAUGCAACAGCAGCGACAAUGGAUAGUAACAACGGAGAACAGAUGAUGGAAAUCGACAUCGGAGUACAAGAAACCAAUGUGCGUAUAACAGAGAGCAACGAUGGAAUGCAAAUGACCGAAAGUGAGAGUGGAAUGCAAAUGGCAAGGAGCAAUAACGGUGCGCAAGCGAUGGAAAACAACACUAUUGCGCAGUCAACAACUGUGAACAAUAAUAAUGGGACGCAGCAGAGUGCGGAAGGUAACAACGGAGCGCACGCGACAGACACUAACAACGGAACGCAGACAGAUGUGCACAUAGAUAAUAUCGCAGCCACGAGCCCGAGAACACCAGUAAAAUCUCUCAAUACGUUGAGGGCGCAUUUACCGAAUCAGCAACGUACCAGUGUACAAGUGCGGGAAGGGCUUCCCUUGAGAGACGCAUUGGCCAAAGCUAUGAAACUUCGAAAUCUCACACCUGAAAUGUGCGCGGUUUACAUAAAAGGUAUGGAGAAUUCCAAAUACUUGAUAUCUUGGGACGCGGAUAUCUCCAGACUGGAAUGCGAUGAGAUAUCGGUGGAAAUUCUUGACAAGUUUCCCAUAACAACUUCUAUAUCGCACAACUAUGUGCGUAAGACGUUCUUUUCGCUAGCGUUUUGCGAGUGCUGCAGAAAAUUGCUCUUCCAAGGAUUUUAUUGCAGAACGUGUAAUUUCAAGUUCCAUCAGAGAUGCGCGAACAGCGUGCCUUCUCUGUGUCAUCAAGCGCGUAUGCAGGAUGUUUAUUACAAAGCGUUGCUCGCACACAAUCCCGAGGCUACUGCUGGAAUUUUGCAAGUCCCCUCGAGUUAUCCUCCUCCCUCGUUGCCACCGUCGAGAGAGAAACCUCCGCGUACCUUGGGUCAGCAGGACCGUUCGAGCUCGGCACCUAACGUCUGCAUCAAUACGGUCAAGCCGCCGAUCGGUGAUCCUUUUCUAGAUGAGUCCAGUAGAUCACGGAGUUUGGGUCGACCGCCUGGUGCUAUUCCGAAUCUUGUGUCUAGUAGUCCAACAAAGCACAGUCAGUCAACACAAGCUAGUCCCACCAGUACUUUAAGAUCGAAGCGACCGAGAGCAAGAUCCGCCGACGAAUCCUCUUCGAAGGUAUUUUUAGCUCCGAGAGAAUCUAUCGAGGAUUGGGAAAUCCUGAUGGAUGAGAUUCUAAUGGGGCCGCGCAUUGGAUCGGGUUCGUUCGGAACUGUCUACAAGGCUCAUUGGCACGGACCUGUUGCUGUGAAGACGCUCAACGUCAAAAUUCCUACGUCCGCACAGUUGCAAGCAUUUAAAAAUGAGGUAGCCGUUCUACGGAAAACCCGGCAUGUGAAUAUCUUGCUGUUUAUGGGCUGUGUCAGUAAACCACAGCUCGCGAUUGUUACGCAAUGGUGCGAAGGAUCCUCUCUGUAUAAACAUUUGCACGUCAACGAGACCAAGUUUGAGCUACUGACAUUGAUAGAAAUCGGGAGGCAGACUGCGCAAGGUAUGGACUAUCUGCAUGCGAAGAACAUUAUUCACAGAGACUUGAAGAGCAACAACAUAUUCCUUCACGACGAUCUCACCGUUAAGAUUGGCGAUUUCGGUUUAGCGACCGUGAAAACUCUUUGGUCCGGUUCUCAGCAGUUUCACCAACCGACUGGCUCUAUUCUCUGGAUGGCACCGGAAGUCAUUAGAAUGAAAGAAGAAAAUCCAUACAGUUUUCGAUCUGACGUUUAUGCGUUUGGUGUAGUGUUGUUUGAAUUAUUAGCUGGUCAGCUACCGUAUUCAAAUAUAAACAAUAAAGAUCAGAUACUGUUCAUGGUAGGAUGCGGCUAUCUUCGACCAGACUUGAACAAAUUACGUUCCGAUACACCGAAAGCACUCAAGAGACUCACAGUGGACUGUAUUAAUUUUUCGCGAGAUGAACGGCCGAUAUUUCGUCAAAUUUUGGCUAGUUUGGAGAGUCUUCUACGCGGUUUACCUAAAAUUACGAGAUCGGCUUCCGAACCGAAUCUUAACAGAACGCAGUUACAAUCCGAUGAUGUUCUAUACACUUGUGCUUCUCCAAAAACUCCUGUAAAUUUUCAGUUUGGAGCAUUUCCCUUUCAUUCUUCCGGUGGAAAUAUAUAAAUGUAUCGGCUGAGAGACAUUGUACAAGUCCGAUACAUUUUAUAUGAAAGAAAAAUAUUUAAAAUAUUAAAUAAUAUAACGCGAGAUAGGAAAUUAUCUUUAAAAACAAUCUAUAUAAUUCUUUCUCAUUAUACUUUGAUUAUAACGUAAAUCUUUGCUCGAUGUCGAAUGUGAUAACAUUCUUUUGUGUAAGACAAAAUUUGUGAA